AUGGAUACUCAAAAGCACACACACAUCACACCACUUAUUACUCGGGAAGACUUCCAGGCUGGUUACAUGAAGCCAGGCGGGUACAGUCUUGAGGACAUCGCAGCGGCUAUCAUCGAUAAUGUCACCCGGCCGAAGGAAGAAUUGACACCAAGGCAAAUGGAAGGACUAAGGAAGUUUAAAUACCAUGGAUCGUGGAAUCUCGCACAACCAGAAGACCUUGCGAAUCUUCACAAAUUCUUUGACAUCUUCAACGACGUCUAUUUCAAUGGCGUUUUGACAGGCCACUGCAAAUUGGAGUGGUUUGAUUCCACGGCUAGAGGAGUCAGAAGAGUGGCCUGGGGCAUCUGCGAAUUAGAGCUUCCCCGAAGAGCACGGGACCCGAGAUUCAAGUUUGAGAAACCAUGGGCUCCAAUCGGCAUCAGAAAAGUCGACGGCCGGUACAACAAGGCUGGUCCAUCAUACAGGGUCGAGCGAUAUCUCAACUGCCUAGCCCACGAGAUGCUGCACGCUGUUUUCGUGGUUUAUGCUUGCGGUUGCAUUAACGGAUGCAGGCAGAAGGCCGACGUUGCCUGGGGCAUUCACGGCGGCCAUGACGACUCUUUUCUUUCGGCAGCCUACGCGAUAGAGAAAGUGGAGAAAGUCAACAGAGACGCUGGAUAUUUCGGCCUUCUAGGCCUAAAUCUCGAUCUCUACAGGAUCAAUGGGGUUAUAUACAAGGUGCAGGAGGGGGUUAACUUGCCACCAGACUCUGAACUUCGUCGGCUGGGAUUGGAUAUCAAGGAACUCUUGGAAGACCUUGCAGUCCAUAGGAAAUACAAUGCCAAAGAGUACAGGGUGAAACAGCAUGCAAGACAGUUGAUGAAAUCAAACCGAUGUUUGAUUAGGAAUUGGAGUGUAGGAGAAGAGUGUGAGAUCUGCCACUCGGUGCUGGCGACAAUGAGAGCAUGAGCAACAACGUCGGCCUUCUGCCGUUGCAGACAAGAUAGUGCUCAUUGAAACUCUACUGGUGUUGUUGGAGAGAAGAUGUAUGUUGUAAUCCUUCGUCGUAGACGAAGAUGGAAGCGUGGAAUAAAUCG